AUGCAGCGACUCAAUUUAGCCCACCAAUUCCAAUUUUACCCGCAGCCGCAUCUACCUGCCGCAUUCCACGUCGAUCCGGUCACAGAAUCUCGGCCCUCCAUCAGUGUUGAACCCGGAGUUGCACAAAUGCGCCGUCUCGCUUGCUGCCUUCCCCGCAACCUCGGUCCCGCGCGCUUGCUCUCGAGUCGAUGCGCCGCUCUCUGA